AUGGUCAAACUCUUGGCCCAAACGGUGACGAGCGGUGGCGACCACUCGACCGCCCAAUUGGCCCUCAACUGCAUUCUCAUGAUCUCGUGCGCGGCCACCGAUCGCCAGUACGACCCACUCCUGUGUGAGGCCAUCAUCAACGAGACCCAGUUCAUAGUGCACACCAUAUCCGACAUCAUCACCGGUCACCGCGACCACCAAUACUUUGGCAUUUUGGUCAAUCUAACCCGAUAUGAGCACAGCGUCCACGAGGUCCACAAACUCUGUCCCAAAGACUUCUUACGCAAACUCAUGACUCUGUUGGACGCCAAUGAGUUGGUGUCGGCGCUCAUCACAAACCUCAGCCAAUUAGAGGAUGUCCGGCAAGCGAUUGUGGCGGACGGGCGCGCCGUUUGUCAGCUCUUCGACGCCUACGAGCGCUCGAAGAGCCCGUCCGUCCGCAACGCCAUCGUCUGUAUCGUCAGGAACUGCUGCUUCGACACAGACCUACACCAGAGGCUGUUGGCCGCAGACAGCGAACUGCUCGUCAAACUCGUGACACCAGUCGCCGGUCCCGAAGAGCUGACCGCUGAGGACAACCAGAAACUGCCCAUUGAUUUGCAGUACUUGGGCUCCGAUAAGACGCGCGAAGAGGACCCGGAGAUCCGGAAGCUGUUGAUGGAGUCGCUGCUGAUGUUGUGCUCGACUCGGUUCGGGAGGGAAGCGAUCCGUGAGACGAAUAUCUAUAUAGUUCUUCGCGAAUACCAUAAGUGGGAGAAAGUGCGCGAAGUGCAGAAGGCGUGCGAAGACGUGGUCGACAUUAUCAUCAAAACCGAGGACGAGAUCGAGGCCGACGACCUCCGGAAGGUCGACAUUCCCGACGAUCUCAUCGAGCGGUUCAACCAAAUGGACAAAGAGCUGGUCAAAGAAGACGAAGACGAUUGA